AGAAGCAAGCAAGCGCCCACAGAAGCAACAAGGCGACUUGCUUCGUACUGCUCGCCCCCCCGCUCCUUCUCCCCCCAAUCUCUCCUCUCCUCCGCCGCCGCUUGCCGGAGCUCGCGCCGCCGCGCUCCCUCCGCCCCCGCCUCGCCAUGGCGUUGCAGGGGAAGAAGCUCAUCAAUGACCCGAACGAUGUGGUGACGGAGUUCAUCGAGGGGCUGGUGGAGACGUACCCGGGCCUGCAGUACUUGGACGGGUUCCCUCAGAUUAAGGUUGUUCUUCGUGCUGAUGUCGUACAGGGCGCCUAUGAUAAGGUCGCGGUUAUCUCAGGUGGUGGAAGUGGCCAUGAGCCAACCCAUGCUGGAUUUGUUGGGCCAGGAAUGUUGACAGCUGCCGUUUCUGGAGAUGUUUUCACUUCUCCGCCCGUUGAUUCUAUUUUAGCUGCUAUUCGAGCUGUAACUGGUCCCAUGGGGUGCCUUCUAAUAGUAAAGAACUACACUGGUGAUAGACUCAAUUUUGGACUAGCUGCUGAGCAGGCAAAAUCUGAAGGCUAUAAGAUGGAGAUGGUUAUUGUUGGAGACGAUUGUGCCCUCCCUCCACCUCGAGGAAUAGCUGGUAGAAGAGGUUUAGCAGGGACUAUCCUUGUGCACAAGGUUGCUGGGGCUGCUGCAGAUGCUGGCUUAUCUCUUGCAGAAGUUGCUGCAGAAGCAAAACAUGCAUCUGAGGUUGUUGGUACAAUGGGAGUUGCACUUUCUGUUUGCACAUUGCCUGGUCAGGUGACAUCUGAUCGCUUGGGUCCUAAGCAAAUGGAGCUUGGCCUUGGAAUUCAUGGAGAACCUGGUGUUGCUGUUGUUGAGCUCCAGCCCAUUGAUGUAGUAGUAGAACAUGUUCUUAAGCAGAUAUUGUCACAGGAAACUCAGUAUCUUCCUAUCACAAGAGGGAGCAAUGUUGUCCUCCUAAUCAAUGGAUUGGGUGCAACUCCUAUCAUGGAACUUAUGAUUGCAGCAAGAAAAGCAGUUCCUGAAUUACAAUUGGAGUAUGGGAUUGCUGUUGACAGAGUCUACACUGGCACACUUAUGACUUCACUUGAUAUGGCUGGGUUCUCUAUCACUAUUAUGAGAUCAGAUGAAAACAUUUUGCAGCGACUUGAUGCUCCAACUAAAGCUCCGGCUUGGCCUGUUGGAUCUGAAGGAAAUCGUCCACCAGCAAAAAUUCCUGUUCCAGUACCACCAUCACCAUCAGGGAAGGAUGAUGAGAUUCUCACUGAACCUCAGGAGUUAAGCAAGCAAGGGUGUAUUCUGGAGGCUGCUAUUGAAGCAGGGGCUAAAGAAAUUAUCAAUAUCAAGGAUAACUUAAAUGAAUGGGAUAGUAAAGUGGGUGAUGGUGACUGUGGAACCACGAUGUAUAGAGGUGCAACAACUAUUCUUGAAGAUCUGAAGAAGCGCUACCCAAUGAAUGAUGCAGCUGGAACAAUUAAUGAGAUUGGGUCAACAGUCCGGAGAGUGAUGGGUGGAACAAGUGGAAUCUUGUAUGACAUACUUUGCAAAGCUGCAUAUGCAAGCUUAAAACAGAACACAAGUAUUGGUGCAAAUGAAUGGGCUGAUGCUUUGGAGGCCUCUGUUGCUGCGGUUAGCAAAUAUGGUGGUGCUAGUGCAGGGUACCGCACAAUGUUGGAUGCUCUAAUUCCUGCAUGUACAGUUCUGAAACAGUCUCUCAAAGCCGGGGACGAUCCUGUGACUGCCUUUAUCGCGUCUUCUGAAGCAGCAUCAGCUGGUGCUGAAUCCACUAAACAGAUGCAAGCGAAGGCAGGACGGUCGUCAUACAUUGCACCCGACCUGGUGGCAUCAGUUCCUGAUCCAGGAGCAGUUGCUGCAGCAGCAUGGUACCGUGCGGCGGCUCAUGCAGUGAAGAGUAAGCUGCACGCCUCGGAUAGCUAGGGUAGCGCAUGGCAUGCUAUUAUAUAUGUGCACGCUAUGCCUCAUUCAUAGAUCAAAAGUACGACUAUACUGACUGACGGCGAAAUUCUGGGGGCGUUUUCUCACCCACCCCUUCAGAUUUGGUUUCCGCUUGUGCCUUUCUGCAUGGGCCGAGAAAUCGAGUUCCGUAUUCUUUUGCCCUCACAUCAUACAAAAGAGCUCUUUUAUUGAAGAGUUUGUAGACGAUAUUCCAAGCAUGAAGUGAAGCUGUGCUUUUGCC